AAUUUAAUCAAUCUUUUUAUAUCAAGUAUUAAUUGUUUAUUAAAUUAUAUAACAUAAGUAAAAUUAAUAUUUAAGUGAUAACAUUUCUCAAGUAAAUUGACAAUUUCGUAAAUUAAAAAAAAAUAUCAAUAGGUAACAAUCUUCAAGUAAAAUAAAUUCCAAUCAAUCGAUAUUAUUUGCGAUUGCUCGAUAGAAUCGAUAGAAGACAAACGUUUAAAAUUUUAAUACAAUUUAAUUUUUAUUAUUUUCGAUUAAUUCGCUGUAUUUGAAUUUUUAGCGAAGAGAAAGAAUCAUAUCUAUGUUAUAUUUUAUCUAUGGAUUAUCAAUUGGUACGAUGAAUUUGAUGGAAGAAAGUUGAGAAUCAUAACCUAGCAAUGUAUUUUAAUUUGCAUUCGAAGAUAUUUGUCUGAUAAAUACAAAAUAUUUAUUGUAAAUAUUAAAAUAAAAUUUUUAUAUUUCAUAGUUGUAAUUUUUGAUAAAACAUUAAUUGCAAAUGUUGCACUGCAUAAAGAAUCGUAUAGUUUGUAAUUACAAGGUGUUACAACAAGUAACGUGUGUAUUAGGUGCAAAUAUGUCGAUUCAAAUCGAAUCUGUUAGUCCUGAACCAAGUUUGAAUAAUUCAAAUAAAAAAAGAUUAAGAGUGGAUGAAGAUGAAAACAAUGCUAUAAAGAUUCAAAAAGUAGAUGUAGUAAAAAUUAAGAAAAGACCAUAUGCUUUGAUGAUGGGCUAUCUCGGUAGAGAUUAUUAUGGAAUGCAAAUAAAUCGUGGAAUGAAAACUAUUGAGGAUGAUUUAUUAAAUGCAUUGUUGAAAAAUAACUUGAUUACUACUGAAAAUAUUGAAAAUUUAAGGUCCUUCAAUUUUCAAAGAGCGGCACGGACAGACAAAGGAGUAUCGGCUGCUAGACAGCUGAAACUGUGUCUAAAGAUAGCAUAAAUGAUUGCUUACCAAAUGAAAUUAGAGUAUUUGGAAUCAAACGCGUUACAAAGGGUUUUAAUAGUAAAAUUAACUGUAGUGGUAGAACAUAUAGAUAUAUCAUUCCUACAUUUGCAUUUGCU